AUGCGAGGCGCUCUCUCCUCUUUUGGGGCUCGCUGCUGGGGAGUUGGAUCGUUCGAUUCGCCUCCAUCGUCUUUGAAACUAGCUGGCGGAAUCAACAGGCCGACGUUCGGUGCAAGGAUUCGCCGCCGGAUGAAGCCUAGGCAACGGGAUGGCCGGCUUCUCCGAUUUAUGGAGGCGGCGACUCUGUCACGGACCACACGCCGGAGAAGGGAUUUCAGAGGAUACACGGGCGCGGGUCACGGCGGCGUUGCCUGA